AACAAAUUGGGGUCCUUUCUUGCUGAAGGCUAGCUUUUAAAAACGGGUUUUAGUGCUACAUUGUUUUAACUAUUCUUAAAAAAGUAGACCAUCAUUUUGUUGCUAGGUGUUAUAUAAGCUAUUAGAGUUUUGUUAUUAAAAGAGAAGUUUUAUUCGGCUCGGCUUUUUGUGCUCUAAGUUGCGCCGUUGGUGCGUUUUUAGGCGUUGUGUUGUUUAUCUUUCCGUUUCUCUUACUACGGAGCUAACGUUAGCAUCACUUCAGCGAACAAUCUGCGCCUACCACCUGCCUAAGAUCUUCUGUGAUAUUCCCUCAUAAAAAAUACGACGUGGCGUUGAUGAGCAAUCAUGUCUGGCAUUGCUCUCAGCAGGCUGUCCCAGGAGCGCAAAGCCUGGAGGAAAGACCACCCAUUUGGUUUUGUUGCCGUGCCCACUAAGAAUCCAGAUGGAACCAUGAAUCUAAUGAACUGGGAGUGUGCCAUCCCUGGAAAGAAAGGGACCUUGUGGGAGGGAGGACUCUACAAGCUCCGAAUGCUGUUCAAAGACGACUACCCGUCCUCUCCGCCCAAAUGUAAGUUCGAGCCGCCGAUAUUCCACCCCAACGUCUACCCAUCAGGCACCGUGUGUCUGUCCAUCCUAGAGGAGGACAAAGACUGGCGGCCGGCCAUCACCAUCAAGCAGAUUCUGCUGGGCGUCCAGGAGCUACUGAAUGAGCCGAACAUUCAGGACCCGGCACAAGCAGAGGCCUACACGAUUUACUGUCAGAACAGGAUGGACUAUGAGAAGCGGGUCAGGGCACAAGCCAGGAAGUUUGCCCCCACAUAGAUGGGUGGAUCAGCCGGAGGCGACAGGAAGCACCUGAAGGACCACUCCAUUAAGAAUCUGUUUAAAGUAUUAUUACACUGUCCCACAAGUGAAAUGCAAAGCAUCUUUUGCUUUUUUUUUUCCUUUAUCCCUUUUCAAACUACAAAAACACAAAUGAUUGUACAUGUAAUAAAUAUUUUUGCAUUUUAAAUGCAUUAGCGUUGGCGUAAGUGCUCAGCUCACUCAUUUCGUCAAGCUGUACAAAUAAGAAUCCACCUCUAAAUCCUCUGAAAUCCUCAGUUGUUUUGUUUUGCAGUAAAGGAGGACGUUUCACACGGUGUACCUUCACCCAACCAUCAGUGCUCAGACGUAGUGUGCUUAUGUGUCCAUUAGUGUGCCUACAGCUGGAGAUAAGGCUAGAAAUUAUACACGCCAGUGAGGUCGGAGUCAAAAGAAAAAGACAAUCCUGAUGCUUGUCAUGAAAUCGGCAGAGAAGGAAGUAUAUCAGUAUAUCUUGGCUCAGGAAGAAGAAAAAGCAGAGCGGGCACGAGUCUUUUCUCCACACACUCCUCUGUUUUUCCAGUUUAAGACACUUGGUGUGCAGAUUCUCAUUGUGAAUCCAGCUGAAAGUGAUGAAGUCAUUUGUUUUCGGUGUGUCGUCCCCUUCCAAGAUACUGUAGCUUCCUGUAGAUAAGCUCCAUUGUGGGGAGGGAAACAAACAAAAAAACAAAUGAAAAGCAAAGCGGUGACCGUUAGUCGUCGGCCACUUUCAUUCGGUCAUUUUUAAACCAACAAUGCUUCCAUGUCUACGAAAGACAAGUCCGAACCGGCUCCCGGGAGCCGAAGGAUCCUUGUUGGAACGGCCUCUCUCUGCAGCAAAGAUGGACUGAAGCAAGUGCACUUGUGAAUAAACUAAGGCCUGACUUUGUCUUUUCUGUGGGCCUCCAAAUAUGAGUGCAUGUACAUAAUAUAAAUAAACUGUGGAAGUAAUGUUUUAUAUUAUUUUAGCUAGUUGAUAAACAUUGUAUGUGGUUAUUGUAAGAAAAGGAAAUAAAUGAUCUAAAAAUUGUCAAAUAAAGCGAAAUGAAAGAAUC